AUGGCGCACGGCAAAUGUGAUAUUUCCCGUAGUGUGAGCAGGUCCAGCAGCGUCAGCGCCAUUUUCGAGGUGAGUCUGAUGGAUAAGGACGGGAAACCAGUUGUGAUUGCCGCAAACCGGAGGCGAUGUGGAACGGGCAGCACCAGCGGAACCCGUCUGGUUGACGAACACGUCAAGGAUGGGCAGAUCAGGUUUCUAUGCACCAUCAGGGUGUCGCGUGAUGGCAGCUCUAGUAUUCCGGCGCCGCCUUCGGACAUCGUCAAACAUCUCGGCGAGCUCCUGGACACAGAGGACGGGACAGACGUGUCGUUCGCCGUCGGCGGCGAGACGUUCCACGCGCACCGGGCCCUGCUCGCCGCACGGUCGCCGGUCUUCAAAGCCGAGCUCCUCGGUUCCAUGGCCGAGGCCACAAUGCCGUCCAUCACUCUGCGUGACAUCGCCCCUGCAACCUUCAGAGCCAUGCUCCGGUUCAUGUACACCGACGCCCUGCCCGGAGACGACGGCGAGCUUGGUGGGGACUCUCCACGGGAGAUGUUCGAGCGUCUGCUUGCCGCAGCCGACCGGUAUGCGUUGGACCGGCUGAAGCUUCUCUGCGCCCAGAAGCUGUGGGAGGAUGUGUCGGUGGAUACAGUUGCGGAUACGCUAGCCUGCGCUGAAAUGUACAGCUGCCCGGAGUUGAAGCACAAGUGCAAUGGCUUCUUUGCUGUGGAGAACUUCAAGAAAGCUGUGUUGACGGAGGGUUUUGUGAGGUUGGUGCAGCAGUUCCCAGCCAUUAUCUUUGAGCUGAGAGAUGGUGCUGGGACAUGA